AUGCGAGACAAGCCUGGAUUUGAACAUCUGAACGAGCCUCUGCAUGUUAUUGUGGAAGCGGAGCUUCCAGCGAAUGUUGUUGACGCGCAGCUUGCUCAAGCGUGCGAAAUUCUUCAAGAGCUACUCAGGCCUGUGGACGAAACUCAUGAUGUGCCUACGUGCCUCUGUUUGAGGGCAAAUAUCAUGAUGCUUUUCAUCAGCACAGCAUGCUGGAGCUGGGGAUAA